AUGGCUGAAAAUCAAGAGAUUGUUUCAUCUUCGCCUAUGUUAGUAAAAACUUAUGGUGAUAUCUAUUUUAAUACACAAGAUACAGAACAAGCUGUAAAAUUUUUUGAAAACCUUGGCAUUCUUACUUUAAUACGUCUCUGUAAAAAAUGCCAAAACCCUAUGCGUAAAACGAAAGAUAUGUCCCGUAAGGAUAACCAAAAAUGGGUCUGUACCUCAAGAACUGCUUGUGGCCAUGUAAAUACUCUAAGAUCAGGAACUUGGUUAGCAAAUGCCAAAUUAUCUCUUUCACAAAUUGCUAAAAUUAUGUUUUGCUGGUCUCAUAAAUUACCUCAACAAUUCAUCAUGUGUGAAACUGAUAUUAGUACUAAAACGGCAGUUGAUUGGUAUAAUUUUUGUCGUGAUAUAUGCGCUAUAGUACUAAUGAAUCAAGAUUAUAAAAAAAUUGGUGGGUGGGGAACGGGCCGGCCCGUUCCCCACCCUA